AUGGCUCAGUGCUCUAUCACUCACGACGUGCUCAUCAUUGGAGCCGGACCAUGCGGUUUGGCAACUGCAGCACGUCUAUGUGAGACGACCCCCUCAGCAAUUUUCUCAGAUACCGAGCAUCAUCGAUACCAUUGGAUUAAGAAGCACGGAGACCGCGCUUCGAUCAAAGACAGACGGACUGGCCAGAUCAAAACACCCAGGAAGUCAGAAGACUGCCGCAACUACUCCACUCUUGUAUUGGAUGGCACCGACAAGGACUGGAUGUCACGAUGGAACCAUCUAUUCAAGACGUUCGAGAUCUCACACCUGAGAAGCCCAAUGUUCUUCCAUCCAGAUCCUCAGGAUCGAGACGGCUUGUUGUCGUUUACAUAUGAGCACGGGAGAGACAAGGAACUGGUUGAAAUCCCAGAGUGUGUAGGCAAAGAGAUCAGCAAGCACAAGAAGAAACAACGACUCAAGUGUAAGGCUCAUGGCGCCCGACCUCCAGUCACGAUCGACGAACGUGACCGCAAAGACUAUUUUACGCCCUCCUGCUCCCUCUUCCAGGACUAUUGCGAGUGCGUAAUUGAUCGAUACGGGCUUAGAAGCAAUCUCAUACAGAAAGAGCGUGUCGAAGACAUCGACUUUGGGUUCGUACCAGAAGUCUCUGAGACCAAGCAAAUCUUCACAGUACAUUCUGACCAAGGCGUGCAUCAUGCUCGGGUUGUUGUACUUGCGGUUGGACCAGGAAAUCCACCUUCCAUCCCUGCUGGGCUUGGGCAGAUGGGUCAAGGAUGUUGUCAUGCCAUGCAAAUUCGAGAGUUUCCAGACCCUUCGGUGACAGCGAAGUUGCGACAAAAGAAAGAUGUGAAUAUUGUGGUCGUGGGUGGCGGCUUGACUUCUGCUCAAUUGACCGUCAUGGCGAGCAAGCAUGGAGCAAGGAAAGUAUUUCAUCUGGUCAGGGGUCGACUGAGAGUUAAACCUUUCGACGUGGACUUAAACUGGAUGGGAAAGUUCCGCAAUUUUGAAGAAGCAUCUUUCUGGUCGGCGGACACUGAUGAAGAACGGCUCGAAAAGAUCAAAGAAGCACGUGGAGGAGGUUCCAUUACUCCCAGGUAUCACAAACUGCUCAAGCAAUAUAUAAGUGCUGGCAAGGUUGCCCUGCAUACAGAAACGACCAUCACUUCAUCAAGCUUCUCCGACGGAUCAUGGACGCUUACAACAAGUCCGCCUAUUGACCUACCAAGCAUCGACUACAUCUAUUUCGCCACGGGCAUUGCCAGUGAUUUCAAAAGCCUGCCCUUCUUACAGACCAUCAACCACAAGUUUCCCGUUGAGUCAUAUGGCGGGCUUCCUGCCCUGACGGAUGAUCUGAUGUGGAAGGAGAACGUUCCACUUUUUGUGACAGGACGACUUGCAGCGUUGCGGUUGGGUCCAGGAGCGGGCAAUCUUGCUGGUGCUCGCAGUGGCGCGGAGAGGAUCGCUUGGGCUAUCGAGGACAUUUUGCCGAAGGAAGAUGGUCCAAAAGAAGAUGAGAAUGAGAUGAAAUACAACUUCAAGACCGGCACAGGAAGUCAAUUUUGUAGUUUGGACUGUGAAGCAUGUAUCUAA